UAUGUUUAAAAUAAAGAGAAUAUUUCAAUCAUCUGAAAACAACAAUAUUAUCAAACAAAUAUAAGUCGUAUACAAUCAGCCUUCUGAUUUAUUCCUUGUUAAAUUCCUUCUAAUCAAGAUUUCUACCUCUGUUUGCAUAGCCACAGUUUUAUGGAGCUAAGUUAAGUACAAUUGAACUACAGUACUGAAAUAGGAUGAAAUAUUUUAUCAUUUAUAUACAAUAUACACCAGAAUUUUUUAAAGGAGUGUGAAAGCGGAGUCGCUUCUUGCUUGUCAACCCGGUUUGAUAGUUUCUGCUGUCAACAAGCAUGGAAAAGUUGGAGAUUGUAGAGAAGAAUAAAUCCAGUCAUUCGAAAUUCGAGAUCUUCAUUCAAAAAAUGUCAUCAAACUAAAACUAGCAAAAACUUCUCAUAAGGUGAAGUGAUAACUCCACCGCUAUAUCCACAUUUUUGUCGUGCGUCUCUUUGGGCUGUUCGAAAAAAAGCUAAAAAAGGGGCAAUAAAUCGUAUGAUGCACUUAUUCAGUCGCUGAAUUAUGUUCAGUUUUCCAGCAUAAUUAUCUUCCUUUUUUUCCAAGAUUGAACAUGAUUAACACCUUGUUUAGGGUGGGUCUAGAGACGUGGGUAUUCCUCAAACCUGCAACGUUGUAUAUAUCUAACUAACGUUACUAUGCCCUUGGGUUAGACAUAAUAACGAGAAAGCGGGAAAAGGAACGAAAUUGAUUUCUCUAAUUUAUUUGGUUAUGCUUUUCUCAAAGUUUGACUUCGACGCAAUUUAUUGAUCUAUCUGGCGACGAAGAUCAAAGAAGUAACGAUUCAAAGUGCAUCAAACAUAUUUUAGUGAGACUCUAAAGCGAAGUUCAAUGAGGUCGUACAAUGGACUCAUUCAAGGAACAAACUUAUCUUUAUCUAAGAACGAAUAAAUCAGAUCACUGAUGUCACAUCAGUGAUGUGUAAAUAAUUUCGACGAUAUCCUUGUAUCGUACCAGACAUCCUCUGCCUCUUCGAUCCGACACUCGAAAUCUGGUUAUUAAGAGUAUACGAGGAAUUGUGACGUGUGGAUGUGGUAAGACUGCACUAUGACUGUCUAGGGUUUUGGAGCCCCUCUACUGUCGUGAAUCUGUCCAUGCAGAUGAAGAUUUGGAGAACCUCUUGUGACAAGAGGUUCUCCAAAUCGCCAAAAUAAGGGACAAGACUCUUCUCCCUUAUUUUGGCGACCGGGUUGUGCGAAAGAUGGUCGUCGAAGAGUGCACCCGAAUUCUCCUCUGAUCCGUAUUUGCCGGAGCGAAAACCUUCGCGCUGCCCCUCCCCCGCCACUAUCUUUACUGCUCGUCAGGCAGCGAAUGUUCUCGGGUCGAGGCAUCGUCGAGGAAUUCGGGCUGCGAGUUACUGUCAGACACUGAUGCAUCGGAUUGAAUAAGGGGGAUUUCUGGGAAUUAGCUAUGGCGGACGAAGAGGCUCCAAAAGUUCGGAUGGAUCCCGCGGAAAGGAAUCCACUGGCGAAAUUGGCCUGGCGGAUGCAGGUGAAGAAGUAUAAACCAUCACCUCAGGAGUCAGAGGUGCUAGGGAAGUGCUUUGAAGAUGCCAAGUGGUAUUACAUGAAUGCACCGCUUGCUGCGGGUGCCCUGGUUUGGUCCUUUACAGGUGGAACCAGACUGGGAUUCGUGCCAAGGAUAUUGAUGACAGCCUCGGCUGCUGUGGUAGGAAACGAUUUGGGUUUUCGACUUGCUGGAGCAUUAUGCACUAAGAAAAUACUUUCUCUUGAGGGCAGUCCCUUGCGGGGUGAGCUUAUAGCCAUCCUACGCGAAAGUAAUCCAAACAAUCCGAUGCUAAAGAAGCAUAUGGGAGAAAAGCAAGAGCGUGUUAAGUCUCAAACUAUGUACGGCACAUAUGACGAUAUGCAAGACCCAAGCUUACCUGCCUCCGACAAAGAUUGGGCGACUAGAAUUGGUGAUGGGAGACCUAAUGAUGUGGAUUCAACCGAAGGGCAGGACACGGGAUUCGGAAAUGGAGAGCUGAGGAGAAUACCACGUGUCUGGAGAACCGAAACUAAAGGACCGAAUGCGAAGACUGAAUCUGGUGAUGCAGAUCUGCUGGCAGAUCCAUUCGAUCUUGUUAUGCAAGCAGGGUAUAUCGAGGACUCCUCUGAUGGGGUUGAAGGCAAUGCCACUGGACGCCCCGGGAAAGAAACUAGGCGGAGUAGAAUGUCCACGAAAGAGAGAAGAGAAUAUGACAGAAAGCAGUACCAGCAAUGGCAGCAGGAACAGCACAAGGCCUGAGAUACUACUCGCAAAUUAUUUUUUAUUUCUUACGCUGAAACUUUUUGCCUGAACCUUUGUCAAUUGAACAGCAAUACUGAAGUGUUAUGUGUAACAUCUUCGAACGUAAAUUUCUUAUGAAUGUGGCAGGACUGAACCAUUACGUGCAGAUAACUGAAAGCUAGAACCUUAGUGAGGUGUCACUUUGAGGUUGAGUCGACAAGUAUUGAUGCCAUUCUGCAUGCACACAAAUUAAUUCUAUCAGGUUCCGUGAUUUCCUUGGCAGUUCCUCACAUAACUCCAAAUAGACAUACUUCCA